AUGGCCGAAGCCACCGCCCGACCGAAAAACCCAGUCACCAUAAUCGGGAUCUCCGGCCCCUCAUCCAGCGGCAAAACAACCCUAGCCCGCCUCCUGCAAAGCAUAUUCUCGCAUGCCAACGAGAACCUGCAGACCUUUAUCAUGCACGAGGAUGACUUUUACCACCCCGACGAUCGAAUCCCAUACACGACCACCCCCUCCGGCACAACAGUGCAAGACUGGGACACCAUCGAGGCCAUCGACGUGCCCUUCAUGGCAGCAGCGCUGUCCUACGUCCGGCAGCACGGCCGGCUUCCGCCGCGCCUGAAGAGCAAGGAGGACCUCAACGAGGCGUCCGAUUCCGGCGUCAGCCAGGAGACGAUUACCCAGCUGCGGUGCCAGGUUUCAGACAAGCUGCAGCGAUUCGGGACGGCCUUGGCGGAAGACGGGGGAAAGCGGACGGUUGUCUUCUUCGAGGGGUUUUUGUUGUUCAGUCCGCCAGCGGCGGAGGUCAAGGAGCAUGUGCUGCGGCCCGUACAUGAGCAGAUCGAUGUGCAUCUGUUUCUGCCGGCUUCGUAUGAUUCCGUCAAGGGCCGUCGCGAGAGGAGGAGUGGCUAUGUGACCAUUGGGCCGGCUCCUGUCCCACCGACGCUGCCGCAGAGGUGGUCGUCGGGUUGCGAGGAUGCGAAGCAGCAUGUUGAGCUGGAAGCGGAGGAUAACGCUCCACCGCAGAACUUUUGGACGGAUCCGCCCGGCUACGUGGAUGAUAUUGUUUGGCCACGAUACGUACGAGAUCAUGCUUGGCUGCUGUUACCCGAAAGCGGCCUUGACAACGAUCGGUACCAGAACGUCAGGAAUUCCGAUACUGACGAGUUGGUCAGAAUUGUUGGGCAAGGGACGAACUUGAGAACUGAUGUUGAUGUCUCUGUCGCUCCUGGGAAGGGGACAUUGCCCAUGGUUGAUGUGUUAAAAUGGGCCAUAGAGGAGGUGAUAAAGCCACUGGGGAUGGCCGAACAAUGA